AUGUUCAACAUAAUCAUGUCAAUGACGAAGGAGGGCUCCUCCGACGGGUCGCAAUUCAUUUCGCCGUCAAAAACCAGUCGCGAUUCGCUCAUUUCCACACUGUAUCGAAUGCAUCGAACGCGUUGGAGGAUUCUGGAUCCAUACAGACGCCUUAAAAAUGCGCUCAAAAAAUUGCAAGAGGAUUAUUUGAAGUCGAAAGAAGCGAACGCGAUCAUGCGAUACGUGAAAUUGGGCCAAAGUGUUCGAGAGGUCGCCAUGCUUGAGAAACAACACUGGAAGCUGCUCAAUGUGCCGGCUCAAGGAGCCACAGAAGAGCCGAAUUGCUACGUGUUGAGAAUUGUUGAACUUCUGGAAGACUCGAAUACACAAUUACCGCCGACGCGAGGCAUCGGUGCACUACUGCAGUCGACAAUGGGAAAACCGAGUGAAUCAAAUGUCGACACGGCACUUUACGAUUCGAUUAAAAGCCGAAAGGGUGAUGAUCUCGUCAAAGAUUGCGAGAAUCUCUAUUCGCAGCUCUAUCGCCUCAUCAAAAAGUAUCUCGGCCUUCGGCGGCUGAUCAAGGACCUUCACGACAAAUACGAAGCUACCCGAAUGUUCCCAAUUGUUCCCCGCUACGGAAUGCUGAAGAACAUGAUCAAAGCGACACUGCGGGCUCCAGAAUUCGCCGACAUUUGUCAUGAGCAGACCGAAUGA